AUGGCUGCUACCAAGCUGGACGGCACCGCGAUCGCGAAGAAGAUCCGCGAGAGGCUUGCCGCUGAGAUAGCCGAAAAGCAGAAGUCGAAUCCCAAGUAUCAGCCGUCCCUCAAGAUCAUCCAAGUUGGCGAUCGAUCCGACUCUUCCACCUAUGUUCGCAUGAAGCUCAAGGCCGCUCGGGAGGCCAAUAUCACCUGUGAACUUAUCCACUUUCCAGAGGACGUUAGCGAGGCAGAGCUCCUUGCCCAGCUACACGCCCUCAACAGUGAUACUGAAGUACACGGCAUCUUGGUCCAGCUACCCCUGCCCAAACACAUCGAUGAGUAUGCCGUUACUUCUGCCGUUGCGGACGUGAAGGAUGUCGAUGGUUUCGGCACCACCAACAUCGGCGAACUUGCCAAGAAGGGCGGCCACCCCUUCUUCAUCCCCUGCACGCCCAAGGGGGUCAUGGUGCUGUUGGAGGAAUCUGGCGUGGAUCUGAAGGGAAAGGAUGCCGUCGUCCUCGGCCGGAGCGAUAUCGUCGGAAGCCCCGUCAGCUAUCUGUUGAAGAAUGCUGAUGCCACCGUCACCGUCUGCCAUUCCAAGACUCGGGGCAUUGAGGACAAAUUGAAGAAUGCUGAUAUCGUCGUUGCUGCUAUUGGACAGCCGGCCUUCGUCAAAGGCGAAUGGCUCAAACCCGGUGCCGUGGUCAUUGAUGUCGGAACCAACUACAUUCCCGAUGCGUCGAAGAAGUCGGGGCAGCGUCUGGUCGGGGAUGUCGAUUUCGAUUCGGCCUCUCAGGUCGCCUCCUAUAUCACGCCUGUCCCAGGCGGCGUCGGCCCAAUGACGGUUGCCAUGUUGUUGCAAAAUGUCGUCGAUAGCACUACGCUGUACUUCGAACGCCAGAAGCAGCGACGCACCAUCCCCCUGCCCCUGAAUUUGCGCACCCCAGUCCCCUCGGAUAUAGAGAUAUCAAGAUCCCAACAGCCAAAACCCAUUACGCGGAUCGCGGAGGAAGUCGGAAUUGCACAGCAUGAGCUAGAGCCCUACGGGGCCUACAAGGCUAAGGUCGACCUCACUCUGUUGAAACGACUAGAGCAUCGCCGCAACGGUCGCUAUGUAGUCGUCACCGGAAUCACUCCUACGCCUCUAGGCGAGGGCAAGUCCACUACCACCAUGGGGCUGGCGCAGGCGCUUGGUGCACACCUAGGCCGGCUCACCUUCGCAAACGUCCGACAACCUAGCCAAGGUCCCACGUUUGGCAUCAAGGGCGGCGCCGCCGGCGGUGGUUACAGCCAAGUCAUACCGAUGGACGAAUUCAACUUGCACCUAACUGGAGACAUACACGCCGUCUCGGCGGCCAACAACCUUCUCGCCGCUGCUAUCGAAACCCGCAUAUUUCACGAGAACACCCAAAAGGACGGGCCCCUCUACCGGAGGUUGGUCCCCACCAAGAACGGGAAGAGGACGUUUGCGCCAGUGAUGUUCCGGCGACUCAAGAAGUUGGGAAUUGACAAGACCGACCCCAACGAACUUACCGAAGACGAGAUUCGCCGGUUUGCUAGAUUGGAUAUCGACCCUGAAACCAUCACCUGGAGACGUGUGCUAGAUGUUAAUGAUCGUCACCUGCGGGGAAUCACCGUGGGAGUAGCACCAACCGAGAAGGGGCAGAGCCGAGACACUGGCUUCGAUAUAUCGGUCGCUAGCGAAUGUAUGGCGAUUCUAGCGAUGAGCACAAGUCUUGCCGACAUGCGGGAGCGGCUAGGCCGGAUGGUCGUCGCUACUUCGAGAUCGGGAGACCCGGUUACCUGCGACGAUAUCGGAGCCGGUGGCGCGUUGACGGCUCUCAUGAAGGAUGCCAUCAAGCCGAACCUGAUGCAGACUUUGGAAGGAACUCCUGUUUUCGUGCACGCCGGCCCUUUCGCCAACAUCAGCAUCGGCAACAGCUCCAUUCUCGCUGACAAGAUGGCACUUAAGCUCGUGGGUACCGAGCUCGACGAGGAUCACAGCACCGAUGCCGGUUUCGUCGUGACCGAAGCCGGCUUCGACUUCACUAUGGGAGGCGAGCGCUUCUUUAACAUCAAGUGCCGCGCCUCCGGCCUAGUACCCGACGUUGUUGUCAUCGUCGCGACCGUCCGCGCUCUCAAAGUGCACGGUGGCGGCCCGCCUAUCGCGCCCGGCGCGCCGCUGGAUCCUAUCUACAAGCAGGAGAACGUCGAGAUCCUGCGGAGCGGCUGCGUGAACCUGAAGAAGCACAUCGCGAACGCCAAGUCGUACGGGUGCCCGGUCGUGGUGGCGAUCAACAAGUUCGCGACGGACACGGACGCCGAGAUCGCGGUGGUGCGCGAGGAGGCGGUCGCGGCGGGCGCCGAGGACGCGGUCCUGGCGAACCACUGGGCCGAGGGCGGCAGGGGCGCCGUCGACCUCGCGCGGGCCGUCGUCGCGGCGUCGGAGAAGCCCAAGGACUUCCGGCUGCUGUACGACGUCGGCGCGGGCACGAUCGAGCAGCGCACCGAGACCAUCUGCCGCGAGAUGUACGGCGCGGCGCGCGUCGAGUUCAGCCCGCUCGCCCAGAAGAAGAUCGACACGUACGCGCGCCAGGGCUUCUCGAACCUCCCCAUCUGCAUCGCCAAGACGCAGUACUCGCUCUCGCACGACCCGGACCUCAAGGGCGCGCCGUCCGGGUUCACGGUCCCGAUCCGGGACGUCAGGAUGGCCGCCGGCGCGGGGUACCUGUACGCCCUCGCGGCCGACAUCCAGACGAUCCCCGGCCUGCCCACGGCGCCGGGAUACCUCAACGUCGACGUCGACACCGAGACGGGCGAGAUCGACGGGCUCUUCUAG